CUCCCCCCGCAGCCGUUCGGCCUUUCCCGGGAAGAUGGCGGAUCGCGCAGAGAUGUUUUCGCUCUCCACCUUCCACUCGCUGUCGCCGCCGGGCUGCAGGCCUCCCCAGGAUAUAAGCCUGGAAGAGUUUGAUGAUGAAGACCUGUCUGAGAUCACUGAUGACUGUGGCUUGGGCCUCAGCUACGACUCAGACCACUGUGAAAAGGACAGCCUCUCCUUGGGGCGUUCGGAGCAGGCGCACCCCAUCUGCUCAUUCCAGGAUGACUUCCAGGAGUUUGAGAUGAUAGAUGACAAUGAAGAAGAAGAAGAGGAGGAGGACGAGGAGGAAGAGGAAGAGGAGGAGGGAGAUGGGGAGGGAAAAGAGGUAGGAAGAACUCAUACAGAGGCACCUGACAGGGGGCCCCUUAUUCCCUCCCCUUCUCUGGAGGAGCCCCACAAGCACCGACCUACCACACUCCACCUGACAACACUGGGAGCCCAGGACUCUCUGAACAACAAUGGAGGCUUUGCCCCGGAAGCCCCAGCCUCCUGGAAGGAGACUGUACUGAGCUCACCAGUUCAGGAACCCCUCAGAGAGCUCCCUGGCCCCCUGCUGCCCACAGAAGAGGAACCCUGUGGGGUGCAGUCCCUGGUGUGCCCUGGUUGCGACUGGGAAGGGAACCCACCCCUGGAUCCCCCAGCACCAGGUGGGGCCUCACCUUCUUCUGAUCCUGGCAUUGAGGCUGACCUGAGAAGCCACUCCAGUGGGGGCCAUGGCGGGCGGCGCAGCAGCCAGGAGCUCUCAUCCCCUGGCUCAGACUCAGAGGACACCGGUGGCGCACGCCUAGGGCGAAUGAUUUCAUCUAUCUCCGAAACUGAGCUGGAAUUAAGUAGUGAUGGUGGUAGCAGCAGCAGCAGUGGACGCUCCUCACAUCUCACCAACUCCAUUGAAGAGGCUUCAUCACCAGCCUCAGAGCCAGAGCCAGAGCCCCUGCAAGAACCUCCUCGCCGCCCUGCCUUCCUGCCUGUGGGCCCUGAAGACACAAACAGCGAGUAUGAAUCGGGCUCAGAGUCUGAGCCAGACCUCAGUGAAGACGCCGACUCACCUUGGCUGCUCUGCAACCUGGUGAGCCGCAUGAUCUCUGAGGGUUCCUCCCCCAUUCGAUGUCCUGGCCAGUGCCUGUCUCCAGCACAGCGCCUGCCUGGGGAGCCUGUGUCACUGUCCAGCAAAGCCACAGAGGACUCCCAAGACCCUGAAGCAGCAGCAGGCCCUGGUGUGGAGUUGGUGGACAUGGAGACGCUGUGUGGGCCGCCCCCACAGGCCCCCACAACGCCUCGGCCAGGCUCAGCACAGCCUGGGCCCUGCCUCUUCCUCAGCAACCCGACGCGAGACACCAUCACUCCUCUGUGGACCACACCUGGCCGAGCUGCUCGCCCAGGUCGUGCCUGUUCUGCUGCCUACUCUGAGGAAGAAGAUGAGGAGGAGGACGACGACGAUGCUGAGGACAGUGUGGGGCUCCCUCAGGGCAGGAGUGCAGGCUCUACUGUGCCACUGGAUGCAUCACUGGUAUAUGAUGCAGUCAAGUACACACUGGUGGUAGAUGAGCACACACAGCUAGAGCUGGUGAGCCUGCGACGCUGUGCGGGCCUGGGCAACGAUAGUGAAGAGGACAGUGGUGGUGAGGCCAGUGAGGAGGAGGUGGGCACUACACUUCUCGGUGGUGAGCAGAUCCCUGAAGAUGUGUCUCCCGACAGCCCAGACAUCACCUUUUCUAAGAAGUUCCUCAAUGUCUUUGUCAACAGUACAUCUCGAUCUUCUAGCACUGAGUCCUUUGGCCUUUUUUCCUGUCUGGUCAAUGGGGAGGAAAGAGAGCAGACUCACCGGGCUGUCUUCAGGUUUAUCCCUCGUCAUCCGGAUGAAUUGGAGCUAGAUGUGGAUGAUCCAGUGUUGGUCGAGGCUGAAGAAGAUGACUUUUGGUUCCGUGGCUUCAACAUGCGCACAGGAGAGCGUGGUGUGUUCCCUGCCUUCUAUGCCCAUGCAGUGCCUGGCCCUGCCAAGGACUUGCUAGGGAGCAAGCGGAGCCCCUGUUGGGUAGAGCGCUUCGAUGUACAAUUCUUGGGCUCUGUGGAGGUGCCAUGUCACCAGGGUAAUGGCAUCCUGUGUGCAGCCAUGCAAAAGAUUGCCACUGCCCGGAAACUGACUGUUCAUCUGCGCCCUCCUGCCUCCUGUGACCUUGAGAUCUCUCUGCGGGGCGUCAAGCUGAGUCUGAGUGGAGGAGGGCCUGAGUUCCAGCGCUGCAGCCACUUCUUUCAGAUGAAGAACAUCUCAUUCUGCGGUUGUCACCCCCGUAACAGCUGCUAUUUUGGAUUCAUCACCAAACACCCACUGCUGAGCCGCUUCGCUUGCCAUGUCUUUGUGUCUCAGGAGUCCAUGAGACCGGUAGCGCAGAGUGUGGGCCGCGCCUUCCUGGAAUACUACCAGGAGCACCUGGCGUUUGCUUGUCCCACAGAAGACAUCUACCUGGAGUAGUGCUGGGAAGCUCUGGGCCACUGUGGGCUGGGCAAGGACUGGAUUGGGGACACAUAGUACCUUAUGUCAUAGGAGUCUCUAGGCUUGGAACUCUCAUCCUUCAUCCCCAGGGCACGGCUGUGAGGCUGCUGGGGAGUGGAUCCCUAGUGCCUGCCCUCGUUUUUCCUCUGAUGCUUUCCAUUGUCCUCAGUCGUCCUGUUCUUCAGCUUCCCUCUCCUCUCCUCUGUCUCUUGCCCCUUUCCGUGCCUGCAGACCUUACCCUUUGCGCUCUCCUUUGGGGUCAGAACAUGGGGCGUUAUGGAAAACUUAAGGUGACUGGUAAAGUCAGGUUCUCCAGUGAUCCCUUCCUGCCCUCCUCUGUGAUUUAUAAGGGAAUUUGAAUUUUUAUAGUGUAUCUCAAGGGAUCAUCCCAGCUUUGAACACAAGGACAGAGAGGGAGCCCAUCUCUACCACACAGGGAGCCCAGGGGAAGCAGGGAGAGGUGCCCAAGAAAGCUUUGGGACAACUGGAAGUGGUUCUUAAUGCUCACUGAAACCCCUCAUGCUGCUAGGAGGAGGAUGCCCACUGGGUGCCCCCUACACAUUGUCUGCUUUGCCACUAACACCCCUGUAGUCCAGUGCAUAUCUGCCCUGUGUGCGCUGCCCGCUGUGUAUGUGGGCCAGGCCCAUGGCCUCAAUAAACUCUGCUUGGUGUGAUCAUGGCUGUUUCUAAGGGGAUGUCCACAUACUGCCAGUGGUAAUGGAAAUGGAAGCCCCAGGGUGAUGGAUUCUUGGGACUUGUGAGAAGGCUUUGGUGGUUUCUGUGGUCAUGCUGGGGGCAGGUCACUGCUACACUGUACUGGGGCCCCCA